AUGUUUUCUUUACGAACUUUCCCGGCUCGAAAAGCAGCCACAUCACUCAGCGUACGAUGUGUGACACUCUCCCCUCGAGCCUUCACUACUGCCCGGAAUACCAAAGUCUCUAUCACAAAUUCAACAUUGCCUCUCCGACGCACUUCCUUUCUUCAUCAUUCCAGAUUACUACCGUUACAAUCUUCGCGCAGUUAUGCGGCUAAAUCCUCCGCCGACGGCCUAAUCGAGGAAAUCCAAGACCAAUACGCAACCGCACGCGACGAAUUCGAGAUAGCGACUGAAGAAACAGAAAAGAAAUCUCUAUAUGCGGAAGGUGACCGAGCCGCGGCAAGGGAGGAGCUGGAUAAAUUAAAGGCGAUGUAUGAUUCUGCGUUGAUGGGGGAAAAUGCGGAGGAGAUACGUGGGAGGAUUGGACACAGGAUCAGGGAGUUGGAUCAGGCGGUGCAAGCAUUAGAGAAGGCUGGAACGGAAGAUUAG